GUCAGAGAAGCCCAACUGGGAUUACCAUGCAGAGAUACAAGCUUUUAGCCACCGGUUACAUGAAAAUUUUUCUUUGGAUCUUCUCAAGACCGCAUUUGUUAAUUCUUGUUAUAUUGAAAGUGAAGAGGCAAGACGCCGAGAACUUGGGCUAGACAAAGAAACGGUUGUGCUUAAUCUACAAGAUAAUAGUAAACUUGCUGAACAAGGGAUGUCUUUUUCACGUUCUUACCUGACGCAAUGCUUUGAAGGUGCCUACCCAGAUUUGCCUGCAGAGGGGAUAGGAGCACUUGUUGAUUUUCUUACCAGUCAGGAACUUGUUUCUUAUGUGGCUCAAAACCUGUCUGUGCAGGACCUGACGCUUUGCAAAGAGUUUCCUGUCCCACCAGAUGUGUUACAGAGGACGUUCUUUGCUGUAAUAGGAGCCUUGCUCGAUAGCAACGGGCCUGAGAAAACGGGGAUCUUUGUCAGAGAUUUUUUAAUUCCACAACUGAUUGGAAAAGACCUGUUUGAGAUCUGGGAAGUUGUAAAUCCUAUGGGCUUACUAGUGGAAGAACUGACCAAGAGGAAUAUCUCUUCUCCAGAACCAAGAAUUACCAGGCAGUUGGGAGUCAGCACGGUUCUGCCACUGUACUUUGUUGGGUUGUACUGCGAUAAGAAGAUUAUAGCUGAAGGUCCUGGUGAAACGCUGCUUGCUGCAGAGGAAGAAGCUGCCCGCGUGGCGCUGCGGAAGCUGUAUGGGUAUACAGAGAACAGGAGACCUUGGGAUUACUCAAAACCCAAACAAGGAUUGGCAGCUGAAAAAGCUAUCAGCAGUAACUAGAUGAUAAAAGACAUUUCUGGUUUCUCUUAAGAAUUAAUGGCUUCUGUGCUGAAUAUAGAUGUAUUUAGGAAAGCCAAAUUCAGUUCGGUUUUCUGAUCUUCAGUGCUUAAAACUUUCAAAUCAAAUAUACUAUUGAAAUA